AUGCCACCAUCAAAUGGAGGUCCACUUGGAUAUACCCCCCCAGAUGGAGGCUGGGGGUGGGUGGUAGUUUUUGGAGCUUUCAUUUCCGUUGGCUUCUCUUGUGCAUUUGGCAAAUCUAUUUCUGUGUUUUACAAAGAAAUCCAAGGUAUAUUCAAUGCCAGCACCAGUGAAGUGUCAUGGAUAAGUUCCAUCCCGUUUGCUGUUACAAAUGGUGCAGGUCCUAUCAGCAGUAUCCUUGUGAAUAAAUACGGCAGUCGUCCUGUCAUGAUCGCUGGUGGCUGCUUGUCAGGCUGUGGCUUGAUUGCAGCUUCUUUCUGUAACACCAUACAGGAACUUUACUUGUGGGUUGGAGUCAUUGCAGGCCUUGGGCUUGCCUUCAACUUCAAUCCAGCACUGACCAUGAUUGGCAAGUAUUUCUACAAGAGGCGACCGCUGGCAAAUGGACUGGCCAUGGCAGGCAGCCCUGUGCUCCUCACCAUUCUGGCCCCCCUCAACCAGGCACUUCUUGAUGUUUUUGGCUGGAGAGGAAGCUUCCUAAUUCUUGGGGGCAUAUUACUGAACAGCUGUGUAGCUGGAGCUCUGAUGCGACCAAUAGGGCCCAAGCCAACCAAGGCAGGGAAAGAUAGGUCUAAAGGAUCCCCUCAGGAAGCCAGAAAAUGUGAUGCAAGAAAAGAUGCAGGUGAUAUAAAUGCAGAAUUUAAUGAUGGAAACCCCAGCAAACAGAAACAGUCAGUCUUUCAAGCAGUUAAUAAAUUUCUGGACUUUUCCCUGUUUACCCACAGAGGCUUUGUGGUAUACCUCUCUGGUGCUGUGCUACUGCAUUUUGGACUAUUUGCCCCUGUAGUCUUUCUUGGUAAUUAUGCCAGGAGUCAUCAUUUCCCUGGUGAGAAGUCUGCCCUCCUUCUUUCUAUUCUGUCUUUUGUUGACAUGAUAGGCAGACCUUCCAUGGGACUUAUAGCCAAUACAAAGUGGAUAAGGCCUCGAGUUCAGUAUUACUUUGCUGUUUCUGUUAUCAUAAAUGGACUGUGUCAUAUGCUACUCCCUUUAGCCACCAGCUAUGCUGGGUUCUGUGUCUAUGCGGGAUUCCUUGGAUUUUCAUUUGGGUGGCUAACCUCAGUAUUGUUUGAAUCACUGAUGGACCUCGUUGGACCCCAGAGGUUCUCCAGUGCCUUGGGAUUGGUGACCAUUAUGGAAUGCUGUCCUAUCCUCCUGGGGCCACCGCUUUUAGGUCAUCUGAUUGACAUUUGUGGAAACUACAAAUACACAUACUGGACAUGUGGCAUAAUCCUUAUUGUCUCAGGUAUCUGUCUCUUCAUUGGCAUGGACAUCAAUUAUCAACGUGUGGCAAAAGAACAGAAAGCAGAGGAGAGGCAAAAAAAGGAAAGUAAAGAGGAGGAGACCAAUGUAGAUGUUGCCGAGAAGCUGAAAGAACUUAGUAAAGCAGCAGAAUCCCAGGAGCACAAAGGCACAGAAAAAGGCCCCAAAGAGGAAGAGAUUCCAGUCUGA